UGGUGUAAUAAUAACAAUCUGCCAUCUGCCAUUGAGCUUGACAAAACUUGGACAAAACCUGAGCAAACAUCUCGUGCGAUGGCUUCACAGACUUCAGUUCCAGAAGAGGAUCUGUGCUGCCCCGUGUGCUGUGAGUUCUUCACCGACCCAGUGGUUCUGGGCUGCAGCCACAGCUUCUGCCGCACAUGCAUAGACAAGAGCUGGAGCAGUCAGUACAGAAAGACAUGCCCUGUUUGUAGGAGAGGAUGUUUCAAUGAAAACCCCCUGAGCAAUUUGGUCUUGAGGAACAUUGUGGAUAGUAUUAGGGACAGAAAACGAUCAAGUGUAGAAUGCAGGGAGGAAAGGCAAGAAUCCCAAGUAAGUAGACAAGAAUCAACAGAGGGAGCAGAGGGAAAAGAGGACCGUUGCAGUCUACAUGGAAAAAGACUAUUCUUCUUCUGCAUGGACGACCAGGAAGCUUUGUGCAUGGUGUGUAAGCUAUAUAACAGGCACAAGGAACAUCACAUAAUUCCAGUGGAGGAAGCCACCCAAGAAAUAAAGGGGAUGGUCAGACUCUCAUUGGAGCCACACAGGGAGGAACUAAAUAUCUUCCAGAUGAAAAAGGGUGAAUGUUUCAGGAUAACACAGCAUAUCAAGGAACAAACCAGACUCACUAAGAGUUUGAUCAAAAAAGAUUUUGAGCAGUUGCAUCACUUUCUGCGGCUAGAGGAAGCGGCACGGAUUUCAGCAUUGGAGGAUGAAGCUGAGGUGAAAAGUAACAUCAUGAAGAAGAAACUGGGGGAGCUCAGCAAAAAAGUAGAAUCACUGUCCAACACCAUCCAAACCAAAGAGAAAGACUUAGAAAGAAAAGACAUCCAUUUCCUCCAGGCAUAUAAAAGCUACAAUGACAGUGCUCCUUGCAAUUUCCAGGAGAUUAUUUGCAAUCUGCCAGAUGCCCUUGUAGAUGUAGCUAAGCACCUGGGAAACCUGAAGUUCAAUGUGUGGGAGAAGAUGCUGGGACAAGUGCAGUACAGCCCUGUAAUUGUGGACCCAAACACUGCAGCUCCAUGGCUCAAACUGUCGGAAGAUUUAACCAGCGUGCACUAUGGAGACUUGCAGACAGACAUUCCUGAUAAUCCAGAGCGCUUUGACCUCUGUGUUUGUGUUCUGGGUCAUGAGACCAUCGGCACAGGCACACACUGGUGGGAAGUGCAGGUUGUGGGUAAGACGAAAUGGGACAUGGGGGUUGUGAUGGAGUCUGUGAGCCGUAAAGGCAUUCAGAACAUCAACUCCGAGAGUGGAUUCUGGGCACUGGCUUUAAGAGAGGGUGGCCAGUACAGUGCCUGCACAAAACCCUGGACUAGGCUCCAACUGAAAAGAAAACCUCACAGGAUUCGAGUCUGCUUGAACAAUGAUGAUAAGGAGCUAUCCUUUUACGACCCACUUGAUAUGACACAUAUCUACACCUUCACACACCUGCCCUCCGAAAAGCUCAUCCCCUUCUUCUCUCCAUGUGUGAAAGACCAGGGCAUUAAUACAGAGCCAUUGAGAAUCGUCCCAGUCAAGGUGGCAGUAACAAUCACUCCAGAGCUGGCUGAUUGAACUUACCCAGAGAUGUUAAGUCUGGUCCAUUUGUUCUGUGCCGUGUCAUGGGCUGCAUUUUCAAGGGCAUGAUGGCUAGAUUCUGCCUUUGGAGUCAGAGCAACAAAGCUAGGGGGGUUCAACUUUUUGAAAAGUCUUUAUAUAUGUGUAGUAGGGGUGAGCAACUUUUUGAAAAGUCUUUGUAUAUGUGUAGUUGACAAAUAAAUGUGGACAUAAUUUUUUCCAACAUCAAUAUGUAAGAUUAAUAUGUAUCAAUGUGUUAUUUGCUGUAACUUCUCACCAUUUAUUUUAAGCUUUUCACCACUUUUAACUAGUUAACUUGUGGUCUUGCAGUUUGAUAAAUACAUUUUUAAAAGUAAAAAAUCCCAUGUAGUCCCUCAAUUAAUAUGAGAUCAUAAAGACUGCACGCACAAUGCUGUUUAAAGUAGUUUUAGAUGGAAUUUAGCAUGUCACACACCACAACAGUUUAAAAUAAGCGGCCAUCAAAGUACCUUUAAGGUAUGCAAGGUCACUCGGUGACCAUGUUUGUACAAUGCAUCUGGGCAGCCUGCAGGAUGCCAUUUUCUAUAGAUACAAGUACUGCUCAUAUCUACUUGAAUUAGGUAAGGCUUAAGUCUUCAAAACAUUAUUUUUCAGGCUGGUCCGACAAAUGCAUAGACACAUUCUCAGUGAAAUCUAUCUCUAUUUAAAAAGGGUGGGACUUCCAUUCCUAGAGAAAACUAUUUGUGGUUAUCCUCUGUUUUUUUUUUAUUUAUUUAUUUUUUUUUUUAUGAUUUUUUUUCUUUCAAAUGUAUAUGUAAAGCACUUUGAAUUGCCAUUGUGUAUGAAAUGUGCUAAAUAAAUAAACUUGAUUUGCCUUGCCUUGCCUAGA